ACAGACCGUUCUACCGUUCGGGUGCGUUUGGAGUCACGAAAGUCAGCGGCAUCGACUACACAUGCGACGAGUUUAUUGACAUGCACACGAAGGAGAUUCGGGACGUGCAAGCGUGUCCGAACGGCGAACUCUUACUGACAGCUGGCCUGGACAAGACGCUUCGUAUUUCAUCCCUGACAACAAACGCGGUGGUGCAGACAUUUCGGCUCCCUGCUGCGUCGUGGGCGUGUGCGUGGAAUUCCACACAGCCCGUGCACAUCUACUGCGGCCUCGCAAACAACAACAUUCUUCUGUUUGACAUGCGCUAUCCAACACAUUUUGUGGAAGAGCUUCAAUCCGAGGCCACGUGUCCCAUCGUCUCUCUCCAGGAAUACUCGGUUGGCGGACAAUGGGGCCUGCUUUCGUGCGAUCUCAAAGGCGUCUCGUUUUGGGAAAUCUCCACACAAAGCGACGCGAAACAGCACCGCUUAUCACAAUUGGACGGUGUGUGCACGUCGCUGUCCACUGCUGGCCUGAACGGAAAGGUGCUGUGCUCGUACCGGCCAUCAAAGGCGUGCAAUGUCACCCGUCACGUUGUGUUUUCGCUUCAACGACGCAACAUAGAUGACAAUGACGAUGAUGACGAUGAUGAUGAUGAUGAUGAUGAGGAGGAGGAUGGUGAUGGGACAGCGGUAGAGGUGCAGCAAGCAGAGACGGGCGAAACACCCUCCUCAGCUCCCAGGAACACCACCAGCAGCAGCAGCGGCAGCAGUAUUGGUGGUGGCAGUGAAGGAAGACGAAGGUCACAUCUCUCCUCUGUAACCAACGCGUCACGGGAUAUCCAGUGCACAAUUGAUCGGCAGUUGCUUGGUGGGCCGCAGCAGACGAAGCUUGCUCGCUCGUGCAUUCUCUCUCACCCACGCGGCUUUGGCAAUCUCGUGUGCGCCAGCAACGAAGCAAACCAAUCGGCGCUGCUGUGGGAUGCGAGCACGGGCGAUGUGUACCAGGAGGUCAAGCGGGACCGGUGCAAGCUGCCAUAUGUCGCCUUUGCAGACGUCACGCCCGAACAGAACAGCCGCUCCCUGGCUGCGCUCGCUGAUGGCACGCUCGAGAUCCUCAACUGGUCAUAGCCGCAGUGGUUUGUGUGUGUGUGUGUGUGUGUGUG